AUGACCGACCAUGUUGUUGCGGAUUGGGACAAACGUCAUCUUUUGGGGAGAAUUCUUUUUCUUUUAAUCGUCUGUAAAAACAAUGGUUGUGACAUAAAACCGACUUCGGUUCACGUGUACGUGCGCCCGUUGGAGAUCACCCUACCAGCGGAUCUAACUAACGCCGCCCUCAGAACAGAAGCAGCAGCAGCUCCACCUCCACCACUACCCGAACAAGCACCGCCAAAGGUUUGGUCGACGAUGUCCGCACGAAUCGAGGCCGAAACAUCUGUGAAACGAUGGUCAACGCCGAUCGUGAAGACAGAAGAAGGUCAACCUCCAGGACCGAACGAUCAUCCAACGACGAAAGAGGGCCGAGCUCGUGAGGGAAAUGUCAAAACAAUAACGCCUAGCUAUAAACUUGGCACCGAGAAACCUAGUACCGAGUUGAAACUAGGAACAAGUGGAUAUCUGCCAAAUGAAAGAGGAGACUACAAGGUGAGCAUGCGGCACGAAGACUACAAGCUGACUGUGAUCGAUCCGAAAGUGCGCUCUAACGCUAAUAUGCCGCAUCAUUCGACUACUCUUCCGGAUGCGAAGAAGCAGAUGGCUGGCGAUUUCCCAAGUCAACACAGCAAACGAAGCCUAAUCAAGCUUGAACCGCUUGAGCAGAGGCGAUUUAAGAGUGUCGAAUCUCGCCCGAUUACUACUAGCAACUAUCUAACGGAAAGCGUUGAACGACAUCGUGAAAUGGAGGCUAGUCGUUUGCGGGACUACCUCAAGGCAAAGGAAAGCGAUGCUAAUAAACCGUGGAAUAAGCCAGGAUGGCCUGGACCUAAGAAAAGUGACGAUGAAAGUCUUCGUGAAUUGGAACACAUCAAGAAGUCCAUCGAAACACUACAAAAGAAAAUUCGUGCACAAUCAAUGCAAGACCUAAGGACGCUUCGUACACCGGACGAGUUUGCGAAAGAGCCACAGUCCUCACAGCAACAAAGAAGUCCCGGUUACGCCAAAGGUAGGGGACCUCUCCGCGGACGAUCUUCAUCGGUUGAUCAGCUGCUGACCAUAGAAACUCGGGAACGUCGUCAGAGAACCGUCAUUAAGGUGUGA